CAGCUCAACGGCCGUUCAGCUCAGACAAGGCCGUUCAGCUCAGACAAGGCCACAAAGCAGUUUAGCUCAACGGCAGUUCAAAUUAUCAGUGUGCUGCCCUGAUGAUCAGUGUAGCCCCAGCAGUUCCACCUGUCAGUGUCCAUCAGUGCCUUGUGCCAGUGCCCAUCAGUGCACACCAGUGCACAUCAAUUGCCACAUAUCAGUGCCCAUCUGAGCUGCCUUUCAGUGUCACCCAUCAGUGCCAGUCAGUGCCACCUAUCAAUGCCAAUCAGUACCAUCUAUCAGUGCUGCCAGUCAGUGCCACCUAUCAGUCUGCCAAUCAG